AUGCGUCACGUACAGCUAUUUGGGUCGAGGAGACCAACACCAGCGGCAGCGGCGGCGGCGGGUCGCUUGCGCCUUCUCCGCCCGGCCGUUUCCCGGCGCCCUAUCCUCCGCGCUCCGCCGUUUCCCCAGGUCAGCGCGCGGCAGUGGCUCGCUGGGCUCCCUCACGCGCACACUGCGCGGGGCGUUCCUGCCAGAGGUGCGCGGAGAGGGGAGGAGGAGAGUGAAGGGAAAGGUGUCUGUGCUGCCAGGAAAGAAAAAGAGGAGCAGGAGAAGCGAGUUCCUCACCAGGAUAGAGGUUACCCUGAGAGUGUUACAGAUGACUACCUGGCGUUUCAAACGUGGGACACCCUACAGGGACUAUCGACAUAUAUACGCAGCAUGCUAUCCACGCAGGUGCUGCUGGCAGGGCUGGGAGUGGGUCGGGCAUCCGCGUCGGCCAUCAGUGCCACGUUCCAGUGGUUCGUGCGUGACUUCACAGGCAUGCUUGGAGGCAUUCUCUUCGCCAUGUACAAGGGAUCGAAUCUCGACAGCAAUGCCAAGCAGUGGAGGCUGGCUGCUGACGUCAUCAAUGAUGUCGGGAUGCUUCUGGAUCUGCUCUCGCCCCUCGUGCCCUCCGCCUUCCUGCCGCUGCUCUGCCUUGGGAGCAUCUCCAGAGCCAUAACCGGCACGGCCAGUGGAGCCACCAGAGCGGCUCUUACACAACACUUCGCUAAAAGGCAGAACGCUGCAGACAUCUCCGCCAAGGAGGGCAGUCAGGAGACGGCAGCAACGAUGGCAGGCAUGCUGGCGGGGAUGGUGGUGGGGCAGCUCGUGGCUGGCAAUGUGCUGCUGCUGUGGGCUGUCUUCCUCUCCCUCACUGCUUUCCACGUCUAUGGUACUGUGUGGACUGGCAUGCUAGUGUGCAUGCUGGCAGGGAUGGUGGCAGGGAUGGUGGCAGGGAUGGUGGCAGGGAUGGUAGAGAAGCAUUUCAGGGAUGAUAGAGGGGCAUUUCAGGGAUGUUGCACCUGCGCUGUGAAGCACCUGCGCUGUGAAGCACCUGCGCCUGACAAACACAACAACACCACUCGCUUCUCCCCUCUGUGUCUCAACCCCGCCACACUCCUCCCGGCCCCCACCCCUUUCCAACAGAGCAGCCAACUACCGCGCUGUGAAGAGCCUGUGCCUCACGAGCCUCAAUCGAGAGAGGGUGGCACUGUUGCUGCUGGCGUACCGGGGCGAGCAGAAGCAAGUAAUCUCACCAACUGCUGUCUCUCUACGGGAGCGCCUCAUUCCCUCCCUGCCUCAGGACAGCCACGGCAGGGCGCACAUGCUCAUGGGGCAUGUGCACUUGGGGGCUCGCUUGAGUGA